ACAAAUAAAAUUGUUGUGAUUUAUGCAGGUUACCGUUAUGCCACCGACAAAGAUAGCGUCAUUUGCAUGGAAGAAGACACAAUUCUCUCGGAUUAUCUUUACAACUGUAAAUUUAACAAGGCGUACCCUAAAAUGGAAUUGCCAGAUCCAAAUGAGCAUGUAAUGCCGGAAGGUUUUAAAUGCACCUUUUACCGCGAAUCGAACGAAAGAAUGUUUUCCGCUACCGUUGGCGAAGAGAGUUAUACUGUUAUUGUUUUGGACGAAAAGGGGUGGGACUCAGACUCAUCAGCUAAAAGAGAUCAGAAACAG